AUGCGUGUAUGUGUUUUUGUACAGAACGCCACAGGCAAGCAGACAACGUCAUCGUGGACCUGUUGGCUUUUUGGCUCUUCUUUCUGUCCUGCCUCACAGACGGAUCGGCUUCGGCCGAGCAACACGUCCUCGAAAGUGGUAGCUGUCGGAUCAACUGACAGACAAUUCGUCUAUGCAAACGGCCACGUUGCUGUUUGUAUCGUGAUCUUCUAG